UCUCGGACCCCCCCCCCGCCCCGCGCCUCCUCGGCGCCCUGCCCGGGCGCCCCGGCGCGCUCCCCGCGAGCCAUGAGCCGCGGCGCGGAGGCAGCCGUGCGGGCCUGCGCCCGCCGCGCCCCCAAGAAGGCCGCCGCCGUCGCCGCCCCCGCCAGGCGGCCGCCGCUGUGGUCUGGGCAGCAGGGCUUCCGGCAGUUCGAGCACGGCCUGGAGAGUGGCACCCGAACAAGGAGGCCCUCUUGAAGUCUGGCCCCGGCGCGGUGGUCGUGGCCUCAUCCUAUGAGUACCGCGCCGUCGGCAGUGCGUCCGCGAGGCAGGUGCGGAAGUACUCCUCGUUCGCCAGCCACUGCGACUACUGGGACUUCAUCGACCGGCAUAACGAGAGCGGCCUGCCCCACAACCUCCAUGAGGUCUUCCUGGCCAGCGGCCCGAGGUGCCUCUACUUCGACCUCGACGGCGGCGUCCACUUCAAGCAGGACCACUCGCACAUCGUCCUGUGGCUGCAGCGCUUUGUCCGCUGGUUCUUCAUCGGAGACCACAUGGGCUGGGACUCGGACGACCCCGACGCAGUCGUCCUGGCUUCCCCCGACCCCCAGAAGUACUCGUGCCACGUGGUCUUCCCCCAGAUCCAGUUCGCGGACUUCCAGGAGCAGCAGGCGUACGUGAGCGUGCUUUUGGCCGCCCUGCCGGCGCUGGAGGUGCAGCUCGAGGGCGGGGAGUCGGUGCCGAUCCUCUCAAAGGUGGUGGACCGGGUGCCCUACACGAACUUCCAGCUGUUCAGGGGGCCGUACGCGUGCAAGAGGGGGGUGGGCGGCCGCCUGCGGGCCGACACCCGCCUCGAGCCCGAGGGCUUCUUCCGCACAACCCCCUGGCCUGCUUCGCGGGCAACGCGGACGCCGACCACGCGCUGA